GGCCAGCGCCAGAACAAGUUUGGAAAGAAAAUUAGAACCAAGCAAAAGAAGCCCGUCCAGGAGGGCUCCCACGACGAGGUGCUUUUAAUGGAUGUGCAAGCCUUGCUGGCGGCUUCUAAGAUCUCGGAUGACGGCGCCGCAGCCGCAGACAGCGGGAUACUGCCACCGCUACCAGAACAGGGCUCCGAGAUCGAGGUCGACGUUGUCGAGAUGUCGUCGACGGGCGACGGCCUCGCCAAGCAGAAAGGCUCGGACCAGAUCUACGUCGUGCCGUUUGCAGUGCCCGGCGACACGGUCAAGGUCAAGGUCUACCGCUACUUGCCUGACGAGAGCUACACAGUGGCCGACUUCAUCUCGGUCACAAAGCCAUCUCCACUCCGCGACGACAGCCGCAUCCAGUGCAAGUACUUUGCCAAGUGCUCCGGCUGCCAGUUCCAGAUGCUCGACUACGCCGAACAGCUGCGGCGCAAGCGGCUGAUCGUCAUCAAGGCCUACCGCAACUUCUCCCAGCUGCCGCCCGAGCUGGUCCCCGACGUUCUCGAUACCAUCGGCAGCCCACUCCAGUACAACUACCGCACCAAGCUGACACCGCACUUUGACGGCCCCCCCGGCGGUGGCCGGCACAGCAAGAAGCCGCACCAGGAGAUGCCGCCCUUUGGCUUCACCCCCAAGACGUCGCGGCGCAUCCUAGAUAUCGAGGACUGCCCCAUCGGCACCGAGACGGUGCGCAAGGGCAUAACACAAGAGCGCGAGCGCUUGGCCGUCGAGUUUGGAAAGUACACAAGAGGCGCCACCAUCCUCCUUCGCGAGAGCACCCAAAGGGUCCCCAAAUCACAAAACGAGUCUAUAGAAACAGCAGGGACAGCGCCGCCGCCGCCGCCGCCGCCGCCCCCGGCGGCUUCCGUCGUGGUCGAGACGGACACGUACACGGACUACAAGACGGUCAUAACGGACCAGAACGCCACCAGCACCGAGUACAUUGACGACUUCGUCUUCACCAACCCGGCAGGCGCCUUCUUCCAGAACAACAACUCGAUCCUGCCGCCCUUUACCGCCUAUAUUCGGGAGCACAUCCUCCCGCCUGCCGGCACCAGCGGCGCGAAGCCCGUGCGGAACCUCAUCGACGCCUACUCGGGGUCGGGCCUGUUCACCAUCACGCAGGCGGCCCUGUUCCCCGGCGGCAGCAUCGGCAUCGACAUUGCCGAGAAGUCGAUCCAGUUCGCGCGCCGCAACGCCGAGCUCAACGGCCUCGCAGCAGUAGCAGCAAAGGGCCGCUACCGCUUCAUCGCGGCCGACGCGCCCGAGCUCUUUAAGAGCGUGGCGGGCUACGACCCGGACGAGACGGUCGUGGUGCUAGACCCGCCGCGCAAGGGCUGCGACGCGAGCUUCUUGCGGCAGCUGCUGCAGUUUGCGCCGCGGCGCGUCGUCUACGUCAGCUGCAACGUGCACACGCAGGCGCGCGACGUCGGCGUGCUGGUGCGCGGCGAGGUUGAGGACGUUGCCGCCAAUAGCAACAACACUAACAUGUCCACGACAACAAAGAACAAGACAGGCGGCGGCGUCCGGUACGAGAUUGAGAGCAUCAGGGGCUUCGACUUCUUCCCGCAGACGGGCCACGUCGAGGGCGUGGCCAUUCUGAACCGCGUCGAU